AUGGGUGUCACUAUUUUGCACCAAUUUCCUAUGCUUGAAAACAGAACCGGUCCGCAGACUAUAGAAUUUCUUACAAAAAGGAUUGUUGCUUUAGGAGCUGUUCAAAUGGGCCAGUUUCUAGUUGACUGCGAUUCUUACAUAUCAAUGCCAUCACUAGGACCUCAGAGAACUGUACACGUUUUACAUAAUUCAGAACAGCCUGCUUCAGUGUUUUCUAUUCUAGAAACCAAUACUAAAACAAUACCUUUGGUUGCUGAUGGACUAUUUGAUUUAUUAAUGCUCAAAAUGACCCCCAUUUAUACCAAGAAGGUAGCAAAAAUUGAAUCUAAGGGCCCUCGAUUUGAACUGGCGGAUUUUUGCAUCAAAUUAGGCAGUGUAACAAUUAGUCAGAAUUUCAAAGGUGUGUUAGUUGAAGUAGAAUAUAGACCUUGUGUUGUGCCAUCUAACUGUGUUGGAUUAAUGAGGGAAUUUCUUCAAGGAUUUCUUGGAUCAUGUGUUCAGUCUUUACCAGCCUGUCUUCAAAAUAAAAUGGAUGAAGUUUACCAACCAAUGGACACCAUUCAACAGUAUCUCGAUCAUUUCUUAAACUUUAGAAAGAUGGCAGGGUAUAGCGGAUAA